AUGCCGCUUUCGCCUUCGCCCUCGCCUCCGCCGGAUCCAUCGAGUGCUGGCGGUGCGCUGAAUGUGCAUCUCGCGGGCGAGCAAACUACCAGCGCCGAUGGUACGUCAGCACAGCAUGCAGCAUCGGCUCAAAAGCCACUAGAUCCGCGCGAGACCACUCGGAAAGAGCUCGAGAAACGAGUGCGGAAAGUCAUCGACCGCUUUUAUGAGAUCGCGACACGCGCAGCAGACAUGCCUGAAGGAAGCGAAGAAGCAUUGAUGGGCAAGAUACUAGAGGCAAUCAGCUCUCUCUCUGACUUGAUGGCUAUAGCGCCGUCACUUACAUUAGAAAUACCGCUCGAUGUGCUAGAGUACAUCGAUGUCGGACGAAAUCCUGACCUGCACACACUCGCACUGGUCCGAAGACUUGCAAAUGACAAUCAGCAAAUGCUCGGCCAGAGUAUGGCGUUGGGGCAUUACCGCGACCAGCUGCAAGCAGCCUUGGCCGUUAACUUUCCCGAAUUGGCACAAUAUGUGGCCGCAGAUGCAAUUCCGACAAGCCAAUUCGUUGGGCAACCUUCCUGA